UUUCUGAUAGCACUGGCUUUAUAAAGGGGCAGAGGAUCAGGAAUUAUUUAUACAGACUCUAAUACUACAGUGCGUCAUGGCGGUGUCCGGUCAUCUCGGGUUGGCGUCUCUGGUCGUGUUGAUGCUGGCGUCUCAGCUGGACUUUUCCAGCGCCGCCGUGCUCGUGUAUGACUUGCACGCCAACAACCUGUCCGGUGAUGCUGCUGGAAACAAACCCGAUCCGUACCUCAAGAUCUGGUGUGGUGGCUCUUUCGAGGAUACAAAUUACAUCAAAGAUAAUUCUAAUCCUCAGUGGACAGAGAGCUUCACCUUCUCAAGCUGUGAUUCCGGCGACAAACUGAAGAUGGAGGUGUGGGACAAAGACACGACGUCUGACGAUCACUUGGGCUGGUACAGUGGACCGGUGGGAAUCGGAAACAACAAUCACAUUUCUUUUUCUGUUGGACAAGGCACUAUGUAUUUAAGCUACGAUGUGAAAUAAAUCUGCUCCAAACACGGA